AGCCUCGCAUACUUUUGCCGACUUUAUCUUGUCUUCGUGUCUUGUUCUCUGCAAAGCAGUCAGGGCAGUCAGCAGUCUGUGACCGAAAUAAUUGAAAUUUAUAGUCCUGUAUAUUUGAUUCAUAAAUUACCAAUGGAGAUAGUACCGGGAGGAGAGGUUUUGCUGUCGAAUUUUGAAGUUCUUCAAAUUCUAAAGGAAUCACAAUCUUACAGUGGUGGUAAACACGGGAAAGAUCCUCUUGCCACGAUCAGAUAUGAAACUUUAGAAUAUUUUAAGCGGAGCCCUUGCAAUGUUCAAAAUGAGGAGUGCAUAAAGAACUUAGUGCACGCAUUGAAACCUUACAAACUAACCAACAAAGAAUUUCUUUCAAUAUUAAACGCGAGACCAACUGCACCUGCUGAUUUAGCACCGCUACUAAAUGAAUCUGAGGACCAUAUGACAGAUGAGAACAUGGCAGACAUUGUUCAACUGAUAUCAGAGAUUCUUCCAGCUCCAAAGUAACACCAACUAACUCAUUCUUUAAGUGGGUAGCACAAUAAAAAGUUAUUUUUUAUAUCUUAAAUGUAAUUAGCAUGUAUUAAACGAUAAUUUAAAAUAAAGAACACGUGAAACAUAUAAAAAUGA